AUGAACAAUAAAAGUCGUAGUACUUCUUUUUCGCGGAUUUCGUCGAAAUCAUUCAGUACACAGUUCACAACUGACAAUCAGUUAUUAUCGUCAACAAGAAAUCCGAUACAAAACAAAAAAGUCUUUGAUAAUAAUAAUCGACGAAAAGAAGUAAUUCCAACGCCUAAUAGACCGAAACUCAUCGAUAAUUCAUUUGCAAUAAAUAUUGAAAUGAAUACACCAUUACAUAACGAAACAGAAUUAGUAAUGAAUAACGAAGAAAGAAUUCAAGAGAAUACAUUGUGUAGCACUAUGAAAAAUAAAUUUCUUGAAUCAUUUAAUAAAGAUACGAAAGUUGACAAUGAAUCUGAUUCACAAUGUGUCGCAGUAAAUUCGAGUCGACAACUGACACUUGAUGAAGUUGUGGACACGGGAGAUGCGCUUUUGCUUGAUCAAAAAUCAAGAAAAACAUUAGGAACACAUUGCGACGUUAAUGUUGAAGAAGACAAUGAUAAACAUAAUUCGAAUGAUGAAAGUCUUGAUUCAUUUAUCUUGAAAAAUUUUGUUCGCUUUUCUGGAGAUCAGAAUGUUAUUCAAUGGCUAGAUGAUGUAGAGAAUAAAUUUAAUUCAUUCUAUAUCGAUCGCCAAAUAAGAUUUGAAGCUAUUCCACUUCUAAUAGAAGGAGCGGCACGACAGCAAUAUAUUCGAAAUCGAAAAAACAUUCACUCAUUUGAUGAUUUCUAUGAGUUCUUAUUAAUGCAAUUUGAGUGUCUUGACAACGUUGAACGUGCGAACAACAAUCAACUAAAUAAGAAUACAAGCGUAAACGAUCGAACCACAGUAAAUCAGAAAACAGUAUUGAAUAAUUCGAACGAAUCAAUUGUGAAUGAUAGUAAUAAUAAUAGUCGCAUUAAUCAGACAUCAGUGAUUAAUUCAGAAACUAUGGUUAACCUUGGAACUACCAAUACUAUUGGUGAUGUACCAGUCAACAAGACUAUAGUGACCUCUAAUGGACCUUUUACGUCUGUAAUUGAUGAAACUGUAAAUGAUCUACGACGAGCGAUUAUUGACAAUCUAAUUAAGAAUCCGAAAAUCUUUAAAGGUGGAAAAGAUAAUGUUCAACAAUGGAUUGAAGAGAUGGAGCAUCUUUUUGAGAUAGCACAUAUUCAAGAUGCUACUAAAUUAGAUUUUGUGUCUUAUUCAUUACGUGGAGAUGCUCUGGCAUGGUUUCGUAAUCAUAAGUCCUCAUUGACUUCGUGGAAAGUUUUUGUACUAGAGUUGAAAAAAGCUUUUACUUCAUCAUUUCAUGAAGAAUUAGCAUUCAAGAAACUCGAAGCUUAUUCUCAGGGCGAGAAUCAAUUGAUAUGUAAUUUUUUCAAUGAAAUAUUGAAAUUAUGUAAAGAGGCUGACAAUACAAUGAGUGAAACUACUAAAUUAAAACAUCUGUUAAAUAAAACGAAACCAUCUAUACAAUUUGAAGUGCGAAAGAAGAAACCAACAUCGACAACUGAGUUUCUUCAAUUUGCUAAGGAAGUUGAGGAGUUAAUACAACUUUCAAAUUUAUCAACUAGUCAAAUAGAAAGCAUGAGCGAUAAUAAAUCCGAUAAUAAUAAAAUGAAAUCUACUCAUCGACCAUUAGCAUCAGCACAGUCGUUUACUCCGUCGACUGCAGCGAAUUCACAUUUUAAUAAUAAGCCGAUGAAUUACGCUAAGGAUUAUUCGAGAAAUUUCAGUAAUAAUUAUCGACCUUUUAAUAGUCGACAAACCUAUGCUAAUCCUAAUAAUUCGAUGUUUUCGCAAGCGCGAUCUUUUCCUCAAAAAUCGCACUUUACUAAUUCCGUGCGAGUUAAUCAACCACCAACAUUUUCUAAUGACAAUCGACAUAUUCCUAAGAGAUUUCCAUCAUCACAAUAUAGUACUCCUCGUAACCCUAGCAGUCAUUAUAGCAGUGCGAACGCUAUCAAUCAGUGCGAAACAGCAACUAAUACAAUACCAUCACUUGAAUCUUUUUCUUCUAUCGAUAGCAAUCAAUGUCAGCAAAUUGGACAUGAGACUCCGGUCUGUCCAAAUUUCUAG